ACUAAAAAAGCGUGCUUCCCAUUGCCAUUGCAUUGCAUGCUCAUCACUCCUCUUGUUUGCUACCGUAGCUACCGAUUAGUCACACAACAGCCAAUGGUGCAAAGUAAAACAGCGUGUCGGUACUGUACAAGGCACAGCUCACCCUCGUUGCCGUGCCGUACCGCAAGUCUUUGUCGUUGGAAUCGAAUCAGUUCUGUUCGCUUUGACAGGAGGCUUCGCACAAUAUCCUGUCAAAAAAGAUACUCCAUCAAGGAAGCGAACCAGGGGAACAAUCCAGUGAUCCAGACCCUUCCAAAAGAAAUCCAUGACCACGAUGCUACUGAAUGCGAUAGAGGCAACCUUGUUGCUCUACUGUAUCAAGAGCUCACAGUACAAAGUUACAAAUAAAUAGAAAUAGCACAACGUCUGACUCCUCCACCGCCGCCGAACCACGAUGGAACCCAGCAAGGAGGGGGCUCCUCCAAUAUCCCCCGAAGAAAACAAAAUAGAGCUACGUGUGGAGAAAGCCACCACGCAAGUUGUGGAUGUGGGCAUCCACCUACCUGCAGAAGCACCCACCAAGCGCCUCACCUUUUCCGAACAAUGGACUCGGACCAUCAAUUCCUUUAUGAAACCCAUUCGUCGGGCACUCAUUGUCUUGACCCGCCAUGCCGCAAACCACCCCAAAUCCUACGUGACGGCCAUUAUCGUCGUCAGUAUCGGUCUGAUGCUAGUUGGCCUGGCAACCAACUUUGAAGUCAUUGCCGACGGUGACGUCUGGACACCCCAAGACACACGAUCGGUUCAACACGGCGAUUGGAUUGACAGCGACGACUCGGGAUUUCCCAAAGAUCCUCGCAUGUUGAUGCUCAUUGUCCAUCGCAAUGGCUUGAAUAUUGUGGGAGAUGACCUGGCCCAGGAAGGCUUGACGCGCGUCUUUCAAGUCUUGGACACGCUCCGCACUACACCCGACUAUCACGAACUAUGUGCGCAUCGCGACUAUGUCCAUCCCGUGACGGGGGAGGUGACGUGUGACAUUGCGGGUGUGUCGGCGUUGUGGAAUGACAAUACGACUCUGUUUCACGAAACGGUAACGUCCAAUGAAGAUGCCAUUGAAUUUCUCUCCACCAAAACCCUUCCCAGUGGACGCAGUGUCAACUACGAUCAGUUUAUCGGAUACAAUGAAUGUCGGGAAGAAGGCAAUGGUGGCAAGUUGGUGCAUUGUACCGACGGAGGUACAUUGACCUCGGGACUUUCCUAUAUCACGAUUGUGGGCUUGCCGGGAGAAGACCAAGUGGAGGAUCAAGCCAUGGACUUUGAAGAAAAUCUCAUCAACAAUCUCAAGGAGAUGCGGGACCAAUGGGCGACAACCGAAGACAAUGACUUUCAGCUAGAAUUUCUGGCGUAUCGAUCCUUUGACGAUGAAAUGAUGCGCAGCCUCAGUGCGGACUUUCCCCUCCUUCCUGUGGUCUUUGUUCUCAUGUCCGUUCUCUGCUGCCUCAUCUUUACUCGAAGAGACCCAGUCUUCUCCCGUGCCUGGUUGGGAUUUGGGGCGGUGGUCACAGUAUUGAUGGCAAUCACGGCCUCCUUUGGGCUACUCUUUUGUAUCGGAGUGCCGUUUACCAAUCUUACUCCGAUUCUUCCAUUCAUCAUGUUUGGAGUGGGCUUGGACAACGCAUUCAUUAUUUCAGGGGCGUUCACGCGCACAGACCAUAUGAAGCCAACGGUGAAUCGAAUCGAGGAGACCAUUAUUGAUGUGGGCGGCACAAUCAUGUUAACUACUCUGACGGCAGCAGCCGCCUUUGCGCUCGGGAUCCUCAGCAGCAUUCCCGCUGUCCGCUACCUUGUCAUGUAUGCGUUCCCAACAAUCCUAAUCGGCUGGCUCUACCAGGUUACCUUCUUCAUCAGCUUGAUUGUCAUUGAUGAACAACGCAUCAAGGACAACCGCAGAGACUGUUGCUUCUGCUGCAGCGACCAGUCUCCAGGAUCACAAAGGCUUCAUCUCGAACGGGACAGAAACCCAGGAAAACACUUUGCCGACCGAGCCAUGGCUGCCUACACAAAUGUCUUGCUAAGACCCAAGGUCAAGAUUGCUGUUCUCGUGGCGUUUGCAGGAUUGUUUGGCGUCAUGACCUGGAGUACAACUCAGCUGAAGCAGUACUUUGACUUUACCGAAAUCCUUCCCAAGGAUUCGUACAUCUUAGGCUGGUGGGACGCUUUGAAAGAUCUUGGUGAAAACAAUGGUGUCACUGCUGGAAUCUACUUUCGCGAUGUCGAUUUCUCCCUCAACACGACCCGUCAGGAGAUGUACGGCUUUGUUCAGGAGCUAGUUGACAUGCCUUAUGCUGGAAGAUACCCGACGUACAACUUUUGGCUUCUUGAUUUCGACCAGUACGUUGCCGAGACGAAUAUAUCCGGCUUGCCAUUCAAUGAUCAACUCGCCCAGUUCCUGAGUGUGGGCAAGUACAAGGCGUACGAUCAACAUGUCGUCCUCGACCCAGCGACAGGAGACAUGCUGGCUUCCCGCACGUCCCUGGCUUUUGACAACCAUGAUUACUCGGAUGUCAAGGAAACUGUGGAUGCCCUUGAGAUGCAGGAGGAGAUCAGUGCCAACCAAACGGUCAAUCAAGGACGCAAAGAUUGGGCUUUCUUCACCUGGGCCGAGGAUUACUACAUCUGGGAGUUCUACCGAGUGUCACCCAAGGAACUUAUCCUGACAACCCUUCUGGGCACAGCGUCUGUCUCGUUCCUGGCUCUUCUCUUUAUUCCCCAUUGGAGUGCUGCCCCGCUCGUGUUCUCGAUGUUGGUGGUUCUGUACAUUGACCUCAUGGGAUUCAUUCAGCUGUGCGGUGUUUCUGUAGGCCCAGUCAUGUAUAUUUCGAUGGUCAUGUCCAUUGGACUCAUGGUUGAUUACGUGAUGCAUGUUACCUAUCGCUACAUGGAGAUUGACGCCAUCGACCGCCAAGAAAAGACAAAGCAAGCCAUGGAAACAAUUGGGGCCAGUGUUAUGGUGGGCGGGUUGACCACAUGGCUUGGAGUCUUGCCGUUGGGAUGGUCGUCCAGUGAAAUCUUUUUCACAGUGUUUGUGGUGUUUUUUGGAUUGGUGUUGUUUGGUCUGUUGCAUGGACUGGUUUUGCUCCCCGUUAUUUUGUCCCUGAUUGGGCCGCAAGUGGUCAUCCAAGACAGCCGUCAUCAUUUUUCAGCGCCUGUGGCGAGUUCGUCCAGAAUUGCACUCCCUGAAGACACCCACAACAGUGAGGAGAAGAGUGGAAGCUUUGAUCUACUUCAUGUCGUUACUGAGGUGGAAGUGUAGCUGACGAGGUUGCUUGGUCAUAUAUUCGUUCAAUUCCAAAGCGAAAUACAUUCAACUUCAAAGCGAGAUGCACACUAAAAUACAGGUACACGUAACAACUCUCCUCCUGCACAUGUAGGCGGAUCAAAAUGAAAGAUGGCUUGCCUGGAAGUUGUCAAUUGAUCAUUGGCUGGCUGGUAGCCUGCACAUCAAAUAUUUGUAUCCAGGGCACGUUUCUCCAGCCAUGUACAUCGACAAAAGACAAUGAAAAGUACGAAGUGGGAGAGGCAAAGCUCCACAUACUACGAAGAUAGACAGGUCGGUACAUCCGGAUGCAGCAAGUAGAUUGAACGAGAAUAAUAUCUACUCUAUGAUUAUAGUUCGUUCAAAGCCAGCCAAAUCCAGCCACAUAUUAACCAGGUACUCCAAACUAGUCUUCAGCAUUGCUGCUAUACUUCACCAAUGAGUCGGAGUCAUCCAAACCGUAUCCCCGGGAUCUGCCUUACCACGAGAUUGGCCAACCAAACUUAUAAACCCUGCACCACAUUAUUUACGUAGUUCCCGCCUCCUUCUGUUGAUCUGCUCAUUGGUUUUCCUUCCCUGCCCGCUGGACCUUUACCAAUGACUGACGGUACCCUUCAC